CCCCGCGCCGCCUGCAUCUCUACCGUCUCGGUUGACAUGGAUGAUGAAGAUGGCAGGUGCUUGCUAGAUGUAAUUUGUGACCCACAAGCACUCAACGAUUUUCUUCAUGGAUCAGAAACACAAUUGGACACUGAUGAUCUUUUGGAUGUCACGAGUGACCCAGCUAGCUCAUUCUUCUCCAGCACUGGGGGCCACGUUUCUGAGGUCCAGCCACAGGCCCAGCUGUCGACAAAUGAGCCGGGCUUGCCUAGAGUCAGCGUUGAUUUGGACUUCCUGGAGGACGAUGACAUCUUGGGGGGAUCGCCAGGAGACAACGGAAGCAAUGGUGUUGGGACAAAUCAUGAGCCGUGUGACAUUUUACAACAGAGCCUGGCGGAGGCUAACAUCACAGAGCAGAGCCUUCAAGAGGCAGAAGCCGAGCUUGACCUCAGUUCCUUUGGGCUAACUGGUCUCGCACAGGUGGUCCAACCCCUGCCUGAUGCUAGCUUUUCCGGGUUGGGCAUUGGAGGUGCACCUCAAAUGUUUCCUAGCCAAGGCACCCCUGCUGCACCCUCUAAUGCAACCCCAGACAUGCUUGGCUCAGUCCUGGCACAUCCAGGCCUGCAGCUUCAACCCCAGGUCAUGAACAAGGCCAUCAGUGUCCAGCCAUUUGUGCAGCAAGUUGGGCUUGGAAAUGUAACCCUUCAGUCUAUUUCAAGCCUUCAGACCUUACCGAACGGCAGUCAGUCUGGACCAUUGGGCAUUGGACAAAUUCAAGUCAUGGGCCAACCCACUGUAAUGACAAUAAAUCCAUCUGGGCAGCAGAUCUUGACAAAAACCAUGGGUGGCUACCAACUGCAUCAACCUGGACCUGAAGCAGCAAGCGCUGGAACGCAGGCUGGGCUUGGAGGCUCUGUUUUGAGUUCAGGAGGUGGACUUUUAAUUCAAGGGGGCAAGGCCACUCUAGGGUCUCCUGCAUUAAAUGGGCCAGCUGUAUGCUUAAGCAACACAAACACCAACAACAGUGGAGCUACAAUGGCCACAGCUGGUGGCAUUGUGGGCUUUGGUAAUGCCUCUUUGAGUGCCGGAAUUGGAUCUCAAACCCAGCCACAAGGCCAAAUCAUGCAGAAUGUCAUCAUCCAGCGAACACCAACACCAAUACAGCCCAAGCCUCCACAAGGGGGUGCCAUCCAACCCAAAAUCUUUAAGCAACAGCAACAGCUUCCACCCCCACACACUUUGCCAAAUGAUGCUAAUAAGGCUCUUGGAGUGCCACAAAUCCCUGUGUCUGCCGGUCAGAAUGUAACCUUCCUUGCUGGUAAGCCUGGCUCAAAUGUAGUCUUGAGCACACAAGCAACAUCACAAGGAACUCAGUUUUCGCAAGCGCUCUUUAAACAACAGGGCCACCAAACAUCGGGCAAACCACUCAGUGUUCACUUGUUAAACCAACAGGGCAGCAUUGUCAUUCCCUCACAAACUGUCCUGCAUGGCCAAAACCACCAGUUUCUAUUACCAGGACUUCAGGCAGGAAGUCAGAUCCUGACGCAGCAUCCUGGUGGUCACAUCAUUACAAGUCAGGGACCAGGAGGGCAGAUCAUUGCUAAUCAGAUCUUGACAGCCAAUCAGAACAUCAACCUGGGUCAGGUGUUGGCCUCACAGGGUCACCCUGGUGCCGCCCAUAUUCUCUCUGGACCCAUCCAGCUUCAGCCUGGGCAGAUGGGUCAGCCCACUCUGUUCCAAAUGCCAAUGUCCUUGGCGCAAACACAGACACAAUCCCAUCCAGUACAAACAGUCAUCCAGGGCAUGCACAUACAGAAUUCUCUAUCUAUAGAGAACUUUAGCCCAGCAGUCAGUUUGCAGACAUUGCAGCAGUCUGGUGGCAUCCCCAGUAAUAGUAGCAGUGUAACAACUGCCAUGGCACCAUGUCAGCCUGGAGAGGGUAUCACGGUGCUGGGCGGCUCCACAGACCCUGCUGCCCAACCAGCACAGACUCAACCUCAACCUUCAAUUCUCACGGUUCAGACUCCACCGCUGUCAGUAGCUGCCUCGGUUCCUUCAUCUCCAUCCCCAAUAAUGGCCACAUCCACGUCCUCAAUGGUGGGUUUGGGUCCUCACGCCCAGCACAGUCCAGGGAAGAUGUUAUUCACAUCCCCUGGUUCCGGCAUGAUCUUGAGUCAGGAGUCUCUGCAGAUGUUCCUGCAGCAGGACCAACAGCAGCAAGCAGGAAAAGACCCACCUGCCGCUGUUGGUGUACCUGCGUCUGUUAUCGUCAGCGGCAGCAGUUCUGGUCCCACCCCUUCAGGCCAUGACAGCUUGUUAGCUGAGACUUUGCAGAGUCCCAGCCCCUCCCUUGGCCCUGCCCACAUGGUAACAGUUGUUAACAAGGUUCCGUCUGGAGCACAUCAACAGACCAUAAAGAUCCAAAGCACCUCCCCAUCUCAGCCCAUGGUCACACCUACACCCACCUUGUCUGACAGCCCCCAACCGGCCCAGGUUUCUCCUCUCACCCUCGGGCAACAGAUCCAGUCUCCUCACCAGCAGUCUCGCCCUCCCUCUCAACCUCAGUCUCAGACUCCCUCUCGCUCCUGCACUCCAUCUCUACCGCCUCUCUUUAUCAUAAACAAUCAAAUUGUAGGUUCUCCACAACCACCACAGUUAGCUCCUCCUCCCCAGCAGCAGCCUCAGCAGGUACAAGUGCAGCUUCAGCCUCAACUUCUUCCUCAGACUCUGCCUCAGCCUGCCGCCCUGCAGCCAGACAUGCCUCCUUCCUCCUGCUCCCCAAAGCCUCCACAGCCACUUCCCGCACAGUUCCAGUUCCAGCCUGCCGUGAACUCGCCCACAGCUGCAGUGGUGAAACAGCAGGUGGCUGUGAUCCCAGGACUGACUGCAGAACAGCAACAUCACCUGCAGCUGAUUAGUGCACAGCUUCAGACUAUCGCUUCCGUCACGCAGCCCUCACCUCAACAAAAGCAGCUUUUGGAAAAGCUUCACCAGAUCCAGCAAAACAUUCUCCUCCAGGCUAAGCAACAAGCUGAAGCCCAAGCUUCUCUGCAACAGGCUACAAACCAGUUUAGCAAAAUGCCUGAUCAGCCUUCAGUCCAGGCCGCAACAUCAACGGCCAGUGGCACCAUCCAAGUGCCAAUCCCGUCUCUACUGCAGCAGAAGUCUGUUCUUGUCAAGUCCUCGACUACAGGUGCAAAUGACACGCAAGUAUUUCCUGCGGUGUCAGCUGGGGCUACGGUGAACCAGGGAAUCACUACACCAAACCAUUCACAGGCUGUUCAGGCAAAGCCAGGAGUCAUAAGUUCAGUUGGUGGGCUUACUCUGGGUAAAGCAGAUUUGCAGAUUCAGGUUUUAGGUGCUGGACUAUCUAAAAUGCCUGCACCUCCACCACCUGCUCCUGUUCUAACACAGACUUCAACAUUAAAAAGACAAUUUGGUAUGGAACCAAGCAAAGAAGCAAGGAUGUUGGAACAGCUACGAAAACAGCAAGGUUCAGUUCUCCAUCCAGACUAUAGCUCUCAUUUCUGCUCAUUCGAGGACACACUUCAUCGACUGCUGCCGUACCACCUGUACCAAGGCAUGGCUUCAUCACCACAUGACUACCGCAAAGUGGAUGAUGAAUUUGAGAGCGUCUCGAGCCAACUCUUGAAGCGCACACAGGCAAUGCUGGAUAAAUAUCGUCACUUGCUUUUCGAGGAAUCAAAGCAGAGACUGGGUCCCUCUGCAGAGAUGGUUAUGAUUGAUCGGAUGUUCAUUCAAGAAGAGAAGGUGGCUCUGAGUCAGGACAGGGCUCUGGCCAAGGAGAAACCAGAAGAAUUUGUGGCCAAUUCCUGUUUGCUGGACAUCAGUGCAGUCAGGCCUGUACAGGUCGAUCUGAGCUCUGUAAGGACUGCACAAUCAGCAGUGGGAGCACCACCUGUGGCAGCCACCCCAGCUGCAGCUGUUGCCCCUGCCCUCAUCCCUAAACCUGCUACCCCUGCUUCUGCAUCUGACUCUGCACUCUUUCCCCCCACUAAGCUGGUGAUAAAGCAAGGUGGAGGGGGAGCAUCAGUGUCCUGGUCCACCAGCUCCACACCUACUCCAGUGGUCCGGUCAUCUGCUGAGCCAGUAGCGCCAAGCCCCUCCUUCAGCCGCACUCCGUCCUCUUCCUCCAGGCCUUCUGCUGCUGACGACGAUGAUGAUGCUCUUCCCCAGCGUACAAGCAAACCGCCCAUCAAGACCUACGAGGCACGGCGGCGAAUAGGUUUAAAGCUAAAGAUCAAACAGGAGGCGGGGCUCAGCAAGGUCAUUCACAACACUGCCUUAGAUCCAGUCCACUCCCAAACCCAGCUCACACCACAGCUACCGACCCCCGUGCUGCCUCAGAAGGUCAAGUCACCUUUAACCCCGCCCACCACUGUAAUAAGAACUCCACCCCCAACUUCCUUCCCCACCCAAUCGUCCACUGGCACCACAGUAACCACACACACAAGCUCAGCCUCUUGUAGUGUAACUUCCUCUACUGGAGCUCCUCCUUCCUUCUCCUCCUGGUCUUCAUCAUCCCCUUCCACAUCCACAGCCCAGAUGAAUGGCACUCUUGAACACCACGAGGUAGGUGGGGUCAAACGGAACCCAGCGUCCACAGCGACUCCUCCACUGACCACUUGCCGGCUCCCGCUCCGGAAGACUUACCGGGAGAACAUCAGUCCACGUCACAGGCCAGGAGUACCUGGGGGAGGAGGCGAUACUUUGCCCAUUCCACCAACUGGACCCCCUCUUACCUCUUCCCCACAGCUGCAAGGCUCCUCUCCUCAACCUGAACGGGCUGUGAUAGCCAGUGUGAAACUAGAGAGGCAAGGUGGGCAUGGGCGGGUGCACUCACAAGCUGAGUCACAGAGCCUUGCAGCGGUAGAGGAUGUCCUUUAUCGUGGUAUCAAAAAUGCAUGCCAACACCAUCAAGAGGUUUCAAAUAAAGAGGAUGAGGACAAGGCAGAGCAAGGUAGCGGCAUGGGGCGAUUGAAGGGUGUUGGGAGCAAAAACAGAGGAGGAGGAAGGGGUACUUUCAGGAUGGAUCAGCAUGCGCCAGGCCCACCUUCUCCUGGAGAGUCUUCCUGCACAAGGGACUCCUCACUUCCUGCCAAACGCUGUAAAUCGGACUCUCCGGACAUGGACAAUGCAAGCUUCUCCAGCGGCAGCCCGCCACCCGAUGACUCAUUGAAUGAUCACCUGCAGUGUGCCAUAGACAGUAUACUGAACCUUCAACAGGGCCCUCCUGGGCACGGAGGUUCUGGGAGAGGGGCAUUAGGGAGGGUUCAUGGGCCAAACCUACCUAACCAGCACCAAACCCACCCAUCCUACAGACAGUCUAUUCCUCCCCUGUCUUCAACGGCAUCAUCCACCCCUAUGUCCCAGCAUCCACAGGUAGGGGGCCGAGGACAGAACGGGAAUCUUGUUUCACAGACGCACAGUAGAUAACAGCCCCUUUUACCGAAGCCUGAAAGACUGUAAAGCGGGAGGUCAGCGGAUAGGGGAAGUAAAUGGAGACACUUUUCCCAUGUUAAGCUGUGUUUGCAUAGUUUGUCUGUGGUUUGUGCUGAUGAAAUGUGUUCUUUUGGUUUACAUAUAGCCCUUUAAGUGUACUUUCUAAAGGACAAAGGUGCACUUUCAUUUGAUUUUGAAAAAUUUGUCCCUCGUUUUUUUCUUGGGUGCAAAACUUAGAUGGUUCCUACAUCAGUUUUCAAUAUACAGAGUUCUCUCAACUUGUGAGAGACAAAAAUAUAUGACCAGUCAUUUAAUAAAUAAUUUGUUUUGUAAUUACUGUGACAUUAUAUGCAGACUGCUGGAACUCGAAGUGAUAUUAUGAAAUUUGUCUUAACAACCAAUAGUUAUAUUUUAAUUUGGAUAUUUUGGUGAACUUUUUCUUGAAGAGAUAAAUGGUUCAAUCGUUAGAAACUACGUAUAGUUACAUUUGGAACUGGAAAACAUUUAGGCGUCAAUAAAGUAUAAUAGAGAGUGUCUUCUCAAACACUUGAAAUUCUGGUUUCAGUUAACCCUUCUGGUUUCAGUUGACACUUCUGGUUAUCGUAUCACAGGAAUUAACGAAGUAUUCACAAACAGAAAAGUUGCCAGAACUACAGGAAAUCUGUUAACCUUAAAGCAUUCCAGCAUCAAAAGCACAUUUACAAAUCAAACACACUGUCACAGCACAGCGAAUUUAGGGUGCCAGGAUCUGCCUUUUAAAAAUGAAGUGUGGUUAAAAGAUUUUGUAAAACCCAUUUAAAGAAUAAAUGAAUAAUGUCUGUAAACAACAUGAAAAACAAAUUUAGCAUCUCUGAGGUUCAGAGAGUUGUCUUUUUGUUUUUUUUUGUAAGCAUAAAUAUGUUCAGAUGCUUGCACACACUUAAGUUAGAAUCACUGAAAGAUCUUUGGACCGUUAAGAAGCAAACACAGCAAACGCAAAGGCAUGGAAAAAAAGAACAAUAAUAAUGUAAAGAGAAAAAAGAAAAUAGAACUGUAAGAAUUUGAAGCAUAGUACUACAGAUUAAUUUUGUAUUGUAUUUAUUGUGUAUAAUGACACUUUUAAAAAACAACAACUGUACAUUUAGUAAAACUGUAAAUUAAACCUUGCUUCUUUUAUGAAACAAUCAUACUUGUUUUUGCUUGCCAUGUGUUUUAGGCUUUGUUCACACAGGUUUCAAAAUUAUGUCUUUUUUCAGUAUCCAAAUCAGUGAUUUUGUUUGUUGAAUGUAAAGCAAAAUGCAUGACAUCCAAACCCAAUUGAAACUGCAAUCAUAUGUGACUUAAAAUCUGAUUCAAUUCAGAUUUUUGGAAAUAUUUUAACGCUCAGAAUUUAUUAUUU